AUGGAUGACUGUUCGACCAAUUGCAAUGGGAACGGAGAGUGUAUCUCCGGUCAUUGUCAUUGUUUCCCAGGAUUCCUUGGACCUGACUGUGCUAGAGAUUCGUGCCCUGUGCUGUGUAGUGGGAAUGGAGAAUAUGAAAAGGGACACUGUGUCUGCAGGAAUGGAUGGAAGGGGCCAGAGUGUGACGUUCCAGAAGAACAAUGCAUUGACCCAACAUGCUUUGGCCACGGCACCUGCAUAAUGGGAGUUUGCAUCUGUGUGCCAGGAUACAAAGGAGAAAUAUGUGAAGAAGAGGACUGCUUAGACCCAAUGUGUUCCAGCCAUGGCAUCUGUGUAAAAGGAGAAUGCCACUGUUCUACUGGCUGGGGAGGAGUCAACUGUGAAACUCCACUUCCUAUAUGUCAAGAGCAGUGCUCAGGACACGGAACUUUUCUUCUGGACACUGGAAUGUGCAGCUGUGACCCCAAGUGGACAGGAUCUGACUGCUCAACAGAACUCUGUACCAUGGGGUGUGGUAACCAUGGAGUCUGCUCCAGGGGAAUCUGCCAAUGUGAAGAAGGCUGGGUAGGACCAACAUGUGAGGAACGUUCCUGUCACUCUCAUUGUGCUGAGCAUGGCCAAUGUAAAGAUGGAAAAUAUGGCUGCCCGGGGCUCUGUUUUGGAAAUGGGAGAUGUACCCUCGAUCAGAAUGGUUGGCAUUGUGUAUGCCAGGUGGGCUGGAGUGGGACAGGCUGCAACAUUGUCAUGGAAAUGCUUUGUGGUGAUAACCUGGACAAUGAUGGAGAUGGUUUGACCGACUGUGUGGACCCUGAUUGCUGUCAGCAAAGCAACUGUUAUGUAAGUCCUCUCUGUCAGGGCUCGCCAGAUCCUCUUGACCUUAUUCAACAAAGCCAACCCCUCUUCUCUCAGCACACUUCAAGACUCUUCUAUGAUCGAAUCAAAUUCCUCAUUGGCAAGGACAGUACUCACGUCAUUCCUCCAGAGAGCUCGUUUGACAGCAGGCGUGCCUGUGUGAUUAGAGGCCAAGUGGUAGCUGUAGAUGGAACCCCUCUAGUGGGGGUGAAUGUUAGUUUCCUGCACCACAGUGAUUAUGGGUUUACCAUCAGCCGGCAAGAUGGAAGUUUUGACCUCGUAGCCAUUGGUGGGAUCUCUGUCAUCUUAAUCUUUGAUCGAUCACCAUUUCUGUCUGAGAAGAGGACACUCUGGUUGCCUUGGAAUCAGUUUAUUGUGGUGGAGAAAGUAAUCAUGCAGAGAGUUGUAUCAGACCCACGGUCCUGUGAUAUAUCCAACUUUAUCAGCCCAAACCCUAUUGUGCUUCCUUCACCACUCACAUCAUUUGGAGGGUCCUGUUCAGAGAGGGGAACUAUUGUUCCAGAGCUGAAGGUUGUACAGGAAGAAAUCCCCAUUCCUUCCAGCUUUGUGAGGCUGAGUUACCUGAGCAGCCGCACCCCGGGGUAUAAAACCCUGUUAAGGAUCAUUCUGACACAUUCAACGAUUCCCGUGGGAAUGAUAAAAGUACACCUCACAGUGGCUGUGGAGGGGAGACUCACACAGAAGUGGUUUCCUGCUGCAGUUAAUCUCAUCUACACAUUUGCCUGGAACAAGACCGACGUCUAUGGACAGAAGGUUUGGGGACUGGCAGAGGCUUUGGUGUCUAUAGGAUAUGAAUAUGAAACAUGCCCUGACUUUAUUCUCUGGGAGAAAAGGACAGUCAUUUUACAAGGUUUUGAGAUGGAUGCUUCUAACCUAGGAGGCUGGUCCUUGAAUAGGCAUCAUAUUUUGAAUCCUCAAAGUGGAAUCAUACAUAAAGGGAACGGAGAAAAUAUAUUCAUUUCCCAACAACCCCCAGUCAUAUCGACCGUUAUGGGUAAUGGACACCAACGAAGUGUAGCCUGCACCAACUGCAAUGGCCAAGCACACAACAACAAACUCUUUGCUCCAGUCGCCUUAGCUUCUGGCCCUGAUGGCAGUCUGUAUGUUGGUGACUUCAAUUUUGUACGGCGAAUAUUUCCCUCAGGAACCUCCAUUAGUAUUUUGGAAUUAAGAAACAGAGAUACCAGACAUAGCACAAGUCCUGCUCACAAAUACUAUCUGGCUAUGGAUCCUGUGUCUGAAUCACUUUAUCUAUCAGACACUAAUACUCGAAAAGUCUACAAGUUGAAAUCUCUUGUGGAAACAAAAGAUCUGUCCAAAAAUUUUGAAGUGGUGGCAGGAACAGGUGAACAGUGCCUUCCCUUUGACCAGAGUCACUGUGGAGAUGGUGGGAGAGCAUCAGAAGCCUCACUGAACAGCCCUCGAGGCAUCACAGUUGAUAGGCAUGGAUUCACUUACUUUGUGGAUGGGACCAUGAUCAGGAAAAUUGAUGAGAAUGCUGUGAUCACAACUGUAAUUGGCUCAAAUGGUCUGACCUCCACACAGCCACUGAGCUGUGACUCAGGAAUGGACAUCACUCAGGUGCGAUUAGAGUGGCCGACAGACCUUGCAGUCAAUCCCAUGGACAAUUCAUUGUAUGUCUUGGAUAACAACAUUGUGCUGCAAAUUUCUGAGAACAGGCGUGUGCGGAUCAUUGCAGGGCGCCCUAUUCACUGCCAGGUGCCAGGCAUCGAUCAUUUCUUGGUCAGCAAAGUGGCAAUUCACUCCACUCUGGAGUCGGCUAGGGCCAUCAGUGUCUCCCACAGUGGGCUGCUCUUCAUAGCUGAAACGGACGAGAGAAAAGUAAACCGCAUUCAGCAAGUAACCACCAAUGGGGAGAUCUCCAUCAUAGCUGGCGCUCCCACUGACUGUGACUGCAAAAUUGAUCCCAAUUGUGACUGUUUUUCAGGUGAUGGUGGCUAUGCCAAAGAUGCAAAGAUGAAAGCCCCUUCUUCCUUAGCAGUGUCGCCUGAUGGUACCCUCUAUGUGGCCGACCUUGGGAACAUCCGAAUUCGUUCUAUCAGCAGGAACCAAGCCCACCUGAAUGACAUGAACCUUUAUGAGAUUGCCUCACCUGCUGACCAGGAACUUUACCAGUUUACCAUCAAUGGAACCCACCUGCACACCCUAAACCUUAUAACGAGGGACUUUAUAUAUAACUUCACCUACAAUGCUGAAGGUGACUUGGGCGCAAUUACCAGCAGCAAUGGCAAUUCUGUGCACAUUCGCCGUGAUGCAGGUGGAAUGCCCCUGUGGCUUGUGGUGCCUGGAGGGCAGGUGUAUUGGCUCACCAUAAGCAGCAAUGGAGUCCUGAAAAGAGUAUCUGCCCAAGGCUACAAUCUGGCCUUGAUGACCUAUCCAGGAAACACGGGGCUUCUAGCUACCAAAAGUAAUGAAAAUGGAUGGACAACAGUUUAUGAGUAUGACCCUGAGGGACAUCUGACCAAUGCAACAUUUCCCACUGGAGAGGUCAGCAGCUUCCACAGUGACCUGGAGAAGCUGACAAAAGUAGAACUAGAUACUUCCAACCGUGAAAAUGUCCUCAUGUCGACCAACUUGACAGCAACUAGUACCAUAUACAUUUUAAAACAAGAAAAUACCCAGAGUACCUAUCGGGUGAGUCCUGAUGGCUCCCUACGGGUCACCUUUGCCAGCGGGAUGGAGAUCAGCCUCAGCUCAGAGCCCCACAUCCUAGCUGGGGCAGUCAACCCCACUCUGGGCAAAUGCAACAUCUCACUGCCAGGAGAACACAAUGCAAAUCUGAUCGAGUGGCGGCAGAGAAAGGAGCAAAAUAAAGGCAAUAUUUCAGCUUUCGAAAGGCGGCUGAGGGCCCAUAACAGAAACCUGCUCUCCAUAGAUUUUGAUCAUAUAACCCACACAGGAAAGAUCUAUGAUGAUCAUCGGAAAUUCACCCUUCGAAUUCUUUAUGACCAGACUGGGCGACCCAUUCUGUGGUCUCCUGUAAGCAGAUAUAAUGAAGUGAAUAUCACUUAUUCACCUGCAGGACUAGUGACAUUUAUUCAAAGAGGGACAUGGAAUGAAAAAAUGGAAUAUGAUCAGAGUGGAAAAAUAAUUUCAAGAACUUGGGCUGAUGGGAAAAUUUGGAGCUAUACCUACUUAGAAAAGUCUGUGAUGCUCCUCUUACAUAGCCAGCGGCGUUACAUCUUUGAGUACGACCAAUCGGAUUGUCUGCUCUCAGUCACCAUGCCUAGUAUGGUGCGCCACAGCUUACAAACCAUGCUCUCAGUGGGUUACUACCGGAAUAUCUACACCCCACCAGACAGUAGUACUUCUUUUAUCCAAGACUAUAGUCGAGAUGGCCGACUGCUACAGACCCUGCAUCUGGGGACAGGGAGAAGAAUAUUAUACAAGUACACCAAACAAGCAAGGCUGUCUGAGAUUCUCUACGAUACCACCCAGGUCACAUUAACAUAUGAAGAGUCUUCUGGAGUGAUUAAGACAAUACACCUAAUGCAUGAUGGAUUCAUCUGCACAAUCAGAUACAGGCAAACAGGGCCUCUUAUUGGACGCCAGAUUUUCAGAUUCAGUGAAGAAGGACUUGUGAAUGCACGGUUUGACUACAGCUACAACAACUUCCGUGUCACAAGCAUGCAAGCUGUGAUAAAUGAAACCCCUUUGCCCAUAGAUCUAUACAGAUAUGUUGAUGUCUCUGGUAGAACAGAGCAAUUUGGAAAAUUUAGUGUUAUUAAUUAUGAUUUAAAUCAGGUCAUAACUACUACAGUAAUGAAGCACACCAAGAUCUUCAGUGCCAAUGGACAAGUUAUUGAAGUCCAAUAUGAAAUCCUAAAGGCAAUUGCCUAUUGGAUGACUAUUCAAUAUGAUAAUAUGGGCCACAUGGUAAUAUGUGAUAUAAGAGUAGGAGUCGAUGCCAAUAUAACAAGAUACUUUUAUGAAUAUGAUGCUGAUGGGCAACUUCAAACUGUUUCUGUAAAUGAUAAAACCCAGUGGCGUUAUAGUUAUGAUCUAAAUGGAAACAUCAACCUCUUAAGCCAUGGGAAUAGUGCUCGUCUUACUCCUCUCCGAUAUGAUCUCCGAGACCGCAUCACCAGACUGGGAGACAUUCAGUAUAAAAUGGAUGAAGAUGGCUUUCUAAGGCAGAGGGGAAAUGAUAUAUUUGAAUAUAAUUCUAAUGGUCUGCUGCAGAAAGCCUACAAUAAGGCUUCUGGCUGGACAGUGCAGUACUACUAUGAUGGGCUUGGGCGACGUGUCGCCAGUAAGUCCAGCUUAGGGCAGCAUCUACAGUUCUUUUAUGCAGACCUAGCGAACCCCAUAAGAAUUACUCAUUUGUACAAUCACACAAGUUCGGAGAUCACAUCUCUGUAUUAUGAUCUCCAAGGUCACCUUAUUGCCAUGGAGCUAAGCAGUGGGGAAGAAUAUUAUGUAGCUUGUGAUAAUACAGGCACCCCAUUAGCUGUGUUCAGCAGCCGAGGUCAGGUGAUAAAAGAGGUUUUGUACACUCCUUAUGGAGAUAUCUAUCAUGACACUUACCCUGACUUUCAAGUCAUCAUUGGUUUUCAUGGAGGACUCUAUGAUUUCCUUACUAAAUUAGUGCACCUGGGACAAAGGGAUUAUGAUGUUGUUGCUGGUAGGUGGACAACACCUAAUCAUCACAUAUGGAAACACUUGAACCUCCUUCCUAAGCCAUUCAACCUCUACUCCUUUGAAAACAACUACCCAGUUGGCAAAAUUCAAGAUGUUGCAAAGUAUACCACAGACAUUGGAAGUUGGUUGGAGCUAUUUGGUUUCCAGUUACAUAAUGUACUACCUGGAUUUCCAAAACCAGAAUUAAAGAAUUUGGAAUUAACUUAUGAGCUUCUACAGCUUCAAUCAAAAACUCAAGAAUGGGAUUCAGGAAAGACUAUCCUGGGUAUUCAGUGUGAGCUACAGAAACAGCUCAGGAAUUUCAUUUCCUUGGACCAACUUCCUAUGACACCCCAAUACACUGAUAGAAGAUGCCUUGAAGGAGGGAAGCAACCAAGGUUUGCUGCUGUUCCUUCUGUUUUUGGGAAAGGUAUAAAAUUUUCGAUCAAGGAUGGUGUAGUGACAGCUGAUAUUAUAGGAGUAGCCAACGAAGAUAGCAGGAGGCUUGCUGCCAUUCUCAAUAAUGCUCAUUACCUGGAAAACCUGCAUUUUACCAUAGAGGGGAGGGACACUCACUACUUCAUUAAACUUGGAUCUCUGGAGGAAGACCUGGUGCUCAUUGGUAACACUGGGGGGAGGCGGAUUCUGGAGAAUGGUGUCAAUGUCACUGUGUCCCAGAUGACUUCUGUGCUGGAUGGGAGGACUAGACGUUUUGCAGAUAUCCAACUCCAGCACGGGGCUCUGUGUUUCAACAUCCGGUAUGGGACAACUGUGGAAGAGGAAAAGAAUCACGUGUUGGAGAUUGCCAGACAACGCGCUGUGUCCCAGGCCUGGACUAAGGAACAAAGAAAGCUGCAAGAAGGGGAAGAGGGUAUUCGGGCAUGGACAGAGGAGGAAAAGCAGCAGCUUUUGAGCACUGGGAGGGUACAAGGUUAUGAUGGGUAUUUUGUUUUGUCUGUUGAGCAGUAUUUAGAACUUUCUGACAGUGCCAACAAUAUUCACUUUAUGAGACAGAGCGAAAUAGGCAGGAGGUAACAAAAAAAUCUCUGCCUUUGCGUCACCAAAGACUGCCUGUUUUUAAAACAUACAAUGGUUUAUUGUAUUGCUUUUCUAGAUCAGAACUCUGUAUAUAAAUAUGGAGGAAAAACAUAUCCAACUGCCUUUCAAUGUGACAGAAGAUGGUAUUUUAAUAGUUUGUUUAAACUCCAAGAAACGACAGAGACUUUUCAUUCUUGUAUGGCAAUAUUCAAAAUAACACAUGUACAACUCAAGCAGCUAAAAAAACAGUUUUCAGAAAGCACCACAUUAAAUUUGUCAAGCCAUGCAUAUGUUCAAAUGUAUAGAAAGAACCCAAGGUUCUAUGUCUCCAUUGUGACAUGAAGUUUCAUAUUUAACUUUUGGCAGAACUUGCAGGCUAUUUUUAAAGGUGGUGCAAUAGUAUCUGAAUCUUACAUUUCCAAAGACUGCCAUCUCUUUCACAGUUUCCAGAUCUGUUAUAGGAAACUUUUUUUAAAAAGUGUAAAAUGUCCUCGGCCACCAUCUCCUAGAGUCAGGACUCAUUUGCCCUUGCUCCCUGAUUAUUCCUCCUUGCUUGUUAAAGUAAAUGCCAUGCUGUCGUGCUGUGUUUUGGUGUGCAGUGGCUGGAUUCUGUUUACCGUGCUUCCCUGUGGGCAUGGUAACCAGACUGAAUAGCCACAAUUUGCUUGUUCUAGAUGAUACUAAAGCAGCUGGUCAAUUUAACCUCCCCCACACAACCUACUUUGACUAGAUAUUUUACCAAAUUGUCCAGCUAUAUUGACGUCAUGUAACCAAAGCUUUUGUUAACCUGGGUGGGAAUUUCUCACUUAUCUAUAGAGUGUGUUUUGGUCAUAGUUUCACAUUAGUAAUUCAGUAUUUAUACACUAAUCCAAUGGUUUUGGGCACAUGAAAGGUAAUUUACUAAAAAGUAUGACUCUGUACAAAAACAAGGCUUCCGCAGGCAUACUUGUCUGGGAUGCCAAUGAACAAACACAUCAACUACUAGUGCAGAAAUUCAUAAGAGCCAAAACUUGAAAAAAAAAUAGACCUAGUACUAAGGUGAAAGGAAAGUAUCAAAGGGAAUACCAAACCAAACAUCAUAGUAGUUGCUGCCAUGUUGUUUCAUUCCAUUUAGAUUUAUCUUUCAAAUAUAUAAUUCUUUAUUGUACACCUCCCAGCCAUAUUCGGAAAAUUUAUUAAGUGAACACUUUCCAACCUAAAACAUUUCAACUAAUAAUAGAGAGGCAAACUGUUUAUUAACAUAAUUUGUAUGGUUUGGUUAUUUUCAUUUUCUGUCUUUAUCCAUUUAUUUUUAUUUAAUCAUCUUGCCUACCUAGGACAAUAACUAUUUUCCAGGAGGGGUUAUUUUGUUCAGAGAUAAUUUAAAAAUUGGGAAAAGGUCAAAAUUAGUGUUACCAUCAGCUUCAGUUUCUCAAUCUUUAUGAAUCCUGAAGGAAAGGAAGCCCCUUGGUGAGCUGGGAGAUUUGUGCCCAGUGACAAAAAGACAGUCUGUAAAAUGCUGUGUAAUUUUAAGACACCACAAAUGAAAAUACAUGACAGUACAAUGUGGCCUGUAGAAAAUUCCCCCGAGCCAGCCUCAGCACUUUCAUCACCUAGUCUGGACAUUUGCUAUGUCUGAAAGAGAAUUUAUGAUGGAAUGUUACAGUUUGGAUUCUUUCCAGCUACUACCUAAAUGCAGUGUGAGGUCAUUGCUUUGCUUUGUGAUGAUUUCUCAAAAAUAUGCAAAGUCAGGAGCCAAGCUCAUGUUACGAUUUUUAGAGAGCCUUUCUCCUACUACACAAAGUAGAGAGAGUGAAAGCCAAGGACAUGCAGACAGUAGGGUAGGGUGUAUUCAAACAUUUCAUUUUCAAAUCCUUCAGGUUCAGAUUACUACAUUUUUAUACAUGUAUUGCAAGAGAAAGAGGGAAUUUGUGAUGACUUCAUCUCUCUUUUAAUUGGAAGUGCACUAGCUCAAGAAAUUGCUAAUCCAUACUAAAAUCAUGUUAUUGGGGUUUUCCUGAAUCAGGUCUAUGUUAAUGAUACAAUAUUUAUUCAGGAUGGAAUUCUAAAAUUACUAUCAAACUUGUCAAAAAUUUGAAAACCUCCACACCAGCCUAAAAACGGACCUUAAGUUCCUUGAACCUCUAAUGUUCUUUUAAAUCAAUAGGAAAAUAAUUUAUGAAUUGUGUAGAGAGAGUGCAUUCAUAAAUGUGAUGAUCUAUUUUAUCACUAAUCCAAGAUGUCAAUAUUAGGGUUUAUUUUGCUUAUUUUUUUUAUCAUCUCACCUUGAUUUCCCUUGUUCUGUCCUUCUCUCAGUUUCCUCAGCCCCUCUUUUACCCCCAAUCCUCCAAGUACCUCCACGCACUUUAUUUACCUUAAAAUAUAAUUGCUUAUAUUUUAAGUGAUUAUACAUUUUUGCAAUUCACUGAUAAUGUAUCAUUUUCAAAAUGCUUUAAAUAUCCAUUAGAACAAAUAUUUGAAGGUAUUACACAAUAGUAAUUGCCUUGAACAGUACAUUUCUAGUUUGUAAUGCAUAUUUAGUUAGUUUGUGCCUUUAAUUUCUUAAUGUUAUAUUUGUAUUAUUCAUGAAAUGCACUUUUGUCACUUAUAGAUAUGAUUUUAAUACUGUCUUGAACUAUUACUGCUCUCUUUAACACUCCCAAAGUUUUGAGGAUGAAAGAAAAAAAAGAUUGGCAUUCAUGAGUAGUAAAUCUGAGAGAAACAUGUUGGCAUUUCUUAAUAAGAACAUGGAGAUAUUGAGUACAUGGCUUCCUAUUCAGCUGAAUGCCUUCAUUGAUUUGAAGUUCUGAAGUGUAAGUUAAUGAAAGAACCAUUCACUUGCAUUUCCUGAUUAAAUUAAAAGCAUUUUUAAGAGAACUAUACAAAUUUCUCAUACCCAGAAGACAGAGGUGGCUAACACUGCAGAGUCACACACCAUUCAAGAAAGUUCCAGUGAGAGCACAAUAGUUGACUCUCCUAUGAACAUUCUAGGCUGGAGUCGGAGACUACUUUGUCUCCAUGAUUGUUUCUUUUCACUAGUGAGGCCCUUUUAUUUGUGCUUUUUUGUUUUGUGUUGUGUGUACUCUUGCAUUACAGUCUAGAGACCCAAAUGAGCUGAAAAGUACAUAGCUUAACCGACAUUUAAAUACAUUUAUUUUUGUCAUUCUAAUCAUUAGAAGCAUGAUUCUUGAAGGAAAGAGAAAUAAAACACAAUGCAUACUAUCUUUCAGCAAAACACUUGCCAUAUAAAUAAGCAUAUGUUUUAUUUUUAACCCAGCAAAAUAAUGUAUAAGAUAAGCAUGUCCUUUGUUGUCAAUUUAUCUAGAAGAUCUGUAAUAUAUAAAGACUAUAUAUAAUAUAAUAUAUACAACAUAGUCAAAUGUAUGAAAACUUGACAAUAAUAAUUUGGAAUUCACAUGCUAACUACAUAGAGUGCUAUGAAAUUAAGUUAUGGUUUUCAUAAGACUUUUCUUUUUUGUCACUGUUGACACAGUUUCAAGCAUUACACCAUGUAGUUUCUACUCUUUUUCUUCUUUCUUUCUUUUUUUGAAAAAUAUAUUUUUAAACAGACCAGGCCCCACUGUAAUACCACCUGAGAGAGUCAGGGUAAACUUUUUGCAUUUAUAAAGAUGUGUUCAUGUAAGGGCACUUGUAAUGGAGUUCAGUGGUAAUGGAAGCAAAAGUACAGUAAUCAAAUAGUGAAAGAAACCUUUGGAGAGAUUUGAGUGGAUUUUAGCUUGUGGAAAAACAGAAGUCUACAGAUUGGAUGCAAAUGCAAUAUUCUUGUUUUCUUGGAGGAACUCACAUACACAUGGCUGACCUGACUAGUACUUCAGAUCUCAGACCACUCUUCCACAGCCUCCUGUAAGGGUCUUUAUUCUGAGAAAUAAAAAGCAAAACAAACAAACAAAAAAAAUAGAAAACAACCAACAACAACAUAAAGGAAUUCAACUACAAAAUAGUGACUGUUAUUUUAGUGUGUCCUUCAUAUGAAAGCUAUUAAGGACCAAAUAUACUACUGUAUGUAAGAAGAAAUUACUUCCUAAACAGUAACUGAAAAUACUUAGAGUUAAAUUUGCUGUGGAUUUUGUCUUGGCAGUUGUCAUCUUAUAUUAUUUGUCAAAGGAAAUGUGUUUGGCAGUUAAAAAUCUUUCCUUAGAUUUAGUGAUGGACUUUAAUCUCUUAAAUAAAUGUUAGUAUAUCAGAUUGUGUCCUUGAAAAUAUUUUACUUGUAUGAAUCAUGACAAUGUCUAAAUCUUUACUAUUCUGGCAAAAGCAUCAGUAAGAGAGAAGGUGAAAGAAGUAUAGCUUUUAAGUCAGAAAAAUAUUCUUUUUAGCUGCUUACUUUCUCAUGAAAAGUAAAGAUGUUUACAGUGUAUGCCAAGAUUUUCAGUUUCUAUAUAACAACAGUUAGAGGUUCUAAUCAUACUGAAAAUUGUGUUAUAAUGGCUUCAGCCAUGUUGCUAGGAAACAAUAGAUUCCAAUUUUGUAUUCCUGCUUUCACUCCUGUGCUGAAAAGUGACUGGAUACUGUACAGGUUCAUGUUCUCUGGCUGCAGUUAAAUGGUCUUUUGCAUUUUGCUCUGGCUUUCAGGCCAGAAGCAUGCAUUUUUCUACAAGAGCAUCACAACAACAUGCUGUAAAUAUUUAAAGUUAAACAUUAUGUGUCAAUAUUUGAAAGAAAAAAGUACUUUGAAUAUUUCAUUUUUAAAAAAUAA